AUGGCUGACAGAGGCGGUGCUGCUCCAGGCGGAGCUCGUGGAGGAUUUGCCUCGCGCGGCGAUCGUGGCGGUGAUCGCGGACGAGGAAGAGGAAGAGGCAGAGGUCGCCGUGGUGGUGCGAAGUCUGAUGAGAAGGAAUGGCAGCCUGUCACCAAGCUGGGCCGUCUCGUCAAGGCCGGCAAGAUCAAGAGCAUGGAAGAGAUCUACCUGCACUCCCUGCCCAUCAAGGAGUACCAGAUCGUCGACUUCUUCCUGCCCAAGCUCAAAGACGAGGUUAUGAAGGUAUGGAUACACAUAUAGAGGAAUUUCUAGGCGAAACAUGUGCUGACGGUAUUGGAAUACAGAUCAAACCUGUCCAGAAGCAGACUCGUGCCGGUCAGCGCACUCGCUUCAAGGCCAUCGUCGUCAUUGGCGACAGCGAGGGCCACAUCGGUCUCGGCAUCAAGACCUCCAAGGAAGUCGCAACUGCCAUCCGCGCCGCCAUCAUCAUCGCGAAGCUCUCAGUCGUGCCAAUCCGUCGUGGCUACUGGGGCACCAACCUCGGUGACCCUCACUCCAUCCCAGUCAAGGAGUCCGGCAAAUGCGGUUCCGUCACCGUUCGUGUAAGUCACUGCACCACCCAUACUAUGCCCAUCUUUUUCAGUGUAUUGAUGCCACUCGAUACAGCUCAUCCCAGCUCCACGUGGUACCGGUCUGGUUGCCUCCCCAGCCGUCAAGCGUCUGUUGCAGCUGGCUGGUGUUAACGACAUCUACACUGCCUCAUCGGGAAGCACCAAGACCCUCGAGAACACACUCAAGGCUACUUUCACCGCCAUCACCAACACCUACGGCUUCCUCACUCCCAACUUGUGGAAGGAGACCAAGCUCACGCGCUCACCACUCGAGGAGUACGCUGACGUGCUCCGCGAGGGCAAGCGCUACUAG